GCUCAAACACCUACACCACGACACCGCCCCAACGGGCCAUGACCGCCGCAUACGCACCCGCCGUGCCCACCUGCAAGCCAAGACACGUGACUGGCACUCCCGUCGACUCUCCUUACUGCCACCGGCCACCCCAUCACCCCCGGUAAGCAACGCCCCGCCGAUCCUGCCCCCGCGACGGCCCCCCGACCCUAAAAGACUACCUCCAGAAGCCUAA